CCCCUGGUAACACCCCAUGAUCAAAGAAUCGCAAACAAGCUGCUAAUCACUUGUCAAGAGCUCCCUAACUACAUUAGCUCUAGAGUGAUCCGCGAGCUUGGUAGCUGGCUUGUGAUCGAGCAGUAAUGACGUCCAAGGCGUUCGCGCUGUUCCUGGCCGUGAACCUAGUUGUGCUGGGCGUAGCCAGCGCCUGUGCGCCCAACAGCCCGACGACACCCACGCCAUCGUCGUCGUCGUCCGGCUCGUGCCCCAGGGACGCGUUGAAGCUGGGCGUGUGCGCCAACGUGCUGGGCCUGAUCAAGGCUCAGGUCGGCGUGCCGCCCGCGGAGCCAUGCUGCCCGCUGCUGGCGGGGCUCGUCGACCUGGAGGCCGCCGUCUGUCUCUGCACCGCCAUCAAGGCCAACGUCCUCGGCAUCAACCUCAACGUGCCACUCGAUCUCAGCCUCAUCCUCAACUACUGCGGCAAGACCGUGCCCACCGGCUUCAUGUGCUGAUGAGCGCCUGGAUCUCAGCGCCUUGAGACAUCUUGUCUUUUAAUUUCAGCUCGGUUUUAAUGAUGCGUUGUUAUUUGAUUGCUUUUCCACGUAGUAUGAUGUACGACUAGUCACAUACAUGCAUGCACGCAUGGCCGGCCGUGCUGUCAAAUUGUAUUUUUUUCAUUUGUUGAAAAAAAGCCGGCGAUCACUUGUAUGCCGGUGCUAAGUUCCAAUCAAGUUUGGUUUGCGAUUUAUUUCACAGUUUCGCAUGCAUGUUCUGGUUAUAUUCUAGUCGUACUUGAGCA